CGGAACCGGCUCGCGCGUCUUCCUUCACUCCGUCGCCUUGGCAACGCGGAGGGCGGGGACGAGGAGAGGGCCUGCUCCCUUGACGAGCGAGGAGCGGGAACGCGCUUAGCCCCACCGCCCACCCCAUGGCGUCCGGGCGCCCCGCUUUGGAGGCAACCCCCGACGUCCGGACUCGGAAGCCGGCUCCCCGGGUAAACCGCGCGUGGAAAACGGAGGGUCGCCUUCCCGAGGCCGCCGCCGCCGCCUCAACCGCCACCCCCUUUCCCCGCUUACAUUUCUCUAAAUCCACAACAUGGAUGAGUAUGAAGUGAUUAAAAUGAUUGGAGAAGGAUCUUUUGGCAAAGUAUUCUUGGCUAAAGGAAAGGAUAACAAUCAACCAUGUGUUAUCAAGGAGGUCAAUUUAACAAAGAUGCCAAGAAAAGAAAAAGAAUCCUCUCAGAAAGAAGUCGCUGUUCUGUCCAAGAUGAAGCACCCUAAUAUAGUAGCUUUCUACACUGCCUUUCAAGAGAAUAAUAAGUUAUAUAUUAUUAUGGAAUAUUGUGAUGGAGGUGACCUUAUGAAGAGGAUAAUUUUGCAGCGUGGAGUGUUAUUUGAUGAGGACAAGAUCUUGAGUUGGUUUGUGCAAAUCUCCUUAGGACUGAAGCAUAUACAUGACAGGAAGAUUCUGCACAGAGAUGUAAAAGCACAGAACAUUUUUCUCAGCAAUAAUGGAGUGAUAGCAAAACUUGGAGACUUUGGGAUUGCGAGAAUGCUGAGCAAUACCAUGGAAUUUGCUCGGACCUGUGUAGGAACACCAUAUUACUUGUCACCUGAAAUCUGUGAGAACAAGCCGUAUAACAACAAAACAGAUAUAUGGUCCCUUGGCUGUGUAUUAUAUGAACUCUGUACUUUAAAGCACCCUUUUGAAGGCAAGAGUUUGCCUCAACUUGUGCUGAAGAUCUGCAGAGGCUAUUUCACACCAGUAUCUAUGAAGUAUUCAUAUGAACUAAGAACAUUAGUAUCCCAGCUGUUUAAAACAUCUCCAAGAGAUCGCCCUUCUAUCAACUCCAUUUUGAAAAAGCCCUUUUUGGAGAAACAAAUAAAGAAUUUUCUGCCCCCUGAGAUCAUGGAGGAAGAAUUCAGCCACACCGUCAUUCACAGAAAACGGUCACUAGAUUCACUGCCAUCAGGAGCUCCUGAAGUUCAGAAAUCAAGAAUCCAUGAUCGUCAUUCACCCAAAAUCAAGCUGGAGAUGCUUUCCAGAAAACAACACAUAAUGUAUGAAAAUGAAUGGAAAGCUCCUUCAAGGCCCCAGGAUCCUAUUAACCAGCCCUGGGGUCCUCGGUUGAAGAUGUGUGGGAAAUCAGAAGCUGCCAGAAUGAGGGGGCACUAUGGCCAUUAUUAUAUGAAACUUGAAAACUUGCAGAAAAGGCCCUUUGAGCAGGGUGAUGAUCCUUGUAUCAGCGAAAGAUUGGAAGAGUAUUAUAAGCAGAAAGGACAAAAACCACCACCACCACCACCUCACUGGCCUGCAGAAUAUCUUCAGAGACGAUACAAUGCCCAGCAAUACAAGAUAAAAGUAGAGAAGCAACUUGGAUUGCGCCCAUCUUCUGCUGACCGGCAGUAUUUUCAAAUGCAGAAUCAGGAGAUGAAGGAAGAGCAGUUGAGAGCUCUUGCUCAAAAAAAUAAAAUGAAAGAACAGGAAUACCUGAAACAGCUGAAGAAGAUUCGUCAGCAGUACCACAGUGAAGUAAAUGAAAUUAGACGUAAAGUAGAAUCUCUAGAGGAGAAUAAAAAUAUAAAGGACAAAACAUAUAUUGUGAAACAGAGAAAGACUGAGAACCAACCUACUUAUAAUUAUAUUAUUCCUGGAGGACAAGAUGAACCAGUUCAGGAUCUUGAGCAAAACCUGAGACAAAUUGGAGUACAUAACUGGCAGGAGGAAAAUUUCCUUGAAAGAAAACACAAAGCAAAGGGAGGUGUAAAGUUUCAGAUUGAUCUGAAAGAUGGUGUUUCAGAUUUCCAGAAAGAGAAAGAGGAAUGUGACAAACUUAAUGAAGCCCUAACUUUUGAAGAUGGAGAAAACCUUAAGAAAAAACUGACAAACAUCUGUGAUGAUUAUAUAGACAAAGCACUGCUAGAACUACAGUGUUGGGAAACAGGUGGUGACAAUGAAGAUGAUGCCAUAAUAAACAGAAAACACUGGCAAACGUCAGUCCCGCAGGCUCUUCUGAAUCUUCUAGAAAAUGCAGAUAUUUCCUCUACAUCCACUACCAUGGAUGAAGCAGUGGGCCAGGUUAGCUUGAUGCCUCCAGAAUUCCCUGAAAACAGGAGAAAAUGGAGCCAAGAAUCACCUGGGACACUGAUGAACAUGCUAGCUGAAGCAGAAUGUGCCAGUGACACUUUAUGCCAAGCCGAAGAACACAAGGAGACGGUAACCCCAUGCACUCCAAAAAAUGAUGAAGCUGAUUCAGAAGCGAGUUCUGAAUCAGAAGUGGAUGCUGCUGUUGAAGUGGAUGAAGAAAGGCUUGAUCCGAGAUCUGAUGACGAUGAUACUAACUUUGAAGAAUCUGAGGAUGAAUUGAGGGAUGAACUGGUAGAAUCCCUGGAAAAAGUAGUAACAUCUCUUCAAGAGGAGAUUAUAAAAGCCCCAGCUGAAACAGAAGACACAGAUGAACUGAAAAAAGAAGCGGUAUCCAAUGGUAACCUUAAAUCCACUGAAAGUUUGGAAGAGGAUGGUAACCUGACUAAAGACAAACAGGAAGGAACAAUCAGUUAACACUCUCUUGGGGAAUAGUUCCUUAAGAAUGACUGGUAGCUAGUGGAAUGUGUUUAAAGAAAUGAUUCUCUUUCUAGGCUUAUCAACAACUAUUUGGGACCAUAAUUACAGAGGUGAGAGGUACGGUCAGGUACUGCAAGGCAGUUCAGUUUAACUAACUUUACAUGACUGGUUCCUUGCCUUCCUUCAUUUUGACAUUAUCUUUACAACAUUUAGUUCCUCAUUCUCCAGUUGCACAUUAUGUUACUUAUAUAUAAAAACAUCAUUAGGGAUUUGCAGCCCAGAACAAGUUGAUGUCUUGAUAUGGAAGCACUUUAUUAAUCUUUCCCCCACAAGUCUUACUCAGCUAGAGACCUUGCAGCAUAGCCUACAGAACAGAGUGGUGCUUUUUUUAAGGGAAUGUCACCAUGGCUAUUUCCCUUGCAUGCUUCCAAGGGUUGUCUGAUAGUGGAGUAGUCAGUGUGGAAGAACUCUUUCCUCUUUUGAGGAACUGCCACUCCCAGGUACCAUGGCUUGCAGUUCAGGAUUAUAGGAUGUGUGGUCUAGCAACAGUUAAGGAAGGCUGGUGUUUGUUUAAAGCUGUAUGUUUAGAGCUGCUAUAGGUCAAUCAUCAUGACACACACCUUGUGUGAUUUCUUAUGCUGAUGCCUUACCAGAUUUAACCAGCAGGAUAAGAAAUCUUUAUUGAGGCUGUUCUACUGUAGACUGCCUUGGGGCACAGGUGAUCAUUCGUGAUUAAAUGCCCCUCCCAAAAAUCCACUGAGUCCUUCAAGGACAGCCUUUUCAUGACUCUGUAUUCAUUAUGCCAAGCAGAUCCUUGAAAUGGGAAGAAACUUAUUAGAAAUUCACUCUUCAAUUUCAUAUGUAGUUUUAUGUUGAUAAAUUAUGGGAAAAAUAAUCUGGGACAAAUGUAGAUUCAACACGAUGCCACAAAUUCAUUUUAAGAUUAAACAGCUUGCUCUUUUAAGAAGCUAGGACUGAGUUUUCACCACGGGAAGCUGCUGUGUAUAUUUUGUAAUAUGAUUAUUCAGCCCAGCUACUAGAUCCUUAAGCAUAUUAUGUAUCAUUUCAUAUCUGCUUGUGUCUAUAUGUAAGUUUGGGAGCAUACUCUGUCAGACUGUCAUACAGGAAUAAGAUACCCUUUAUUGUACAAUAGAAAUACAGCAACUGUAUAUACAUAA